AUGGAAUUGGUGCAGUCGCGCAUCAGUCAACCGGAGGUUUUAGACCCUGACGACAUCGAUCCCGAUGAUUCAAGACAUGAAGGUCGUAGACACGAUAUGGUAGCUACGACCGAGACGUUGCAAGAUGGUGGUAGCAUAUUUCAACGCAUUCGAGUGUCGGCUAUGAAAGAGCUGAAAGAAUUCAGUGGCAAGGAUCGAGAUGAAGAUCGGGCCAGAAGCUGGAUCAGCAAGGUCAAAUCUGCCUUCUUGCGCGAUCAAACACCCGAUAAGGAGAAGUUUUUGGAGUUCGGAGAUCUGCUGACAGGACCCGCUCGAAACUGGUAUAACCAACUAGGUCGAGUCACUCGAAAGAAGUGGAAGAGAUUGCUGGAUGACUUAAAGGUACAGUAUGGAGGGCAAGGUGUGUCUCUGGCCAGACAAUACUAUCUCGCACGGAAACGAUCGGUGGAAAAUCCACAGGAGCAUCUACACCGCCUAAUUGUCGCGGCUAAGCAUGCCAAGAUCAAGAUCAGAUACGAGAGGAUGGCCACAUCGGACACAUGUCGUGAAGUUGUGAAACUUUUUAUUGCCACGUUGGACGAUCGCGAUCUGGCCAAGAAGCUGACCCUACUACGAUUGGCCAAUGUCAAUGAGUUGGAUGAGACGUUACGUGCAUGCCAAAGGAUAGGGAGUUGUCAGUUGAAGACGUCGACAGGAUCGAACAAGUUCCACCAGCGAGCGAAUGCCUCCUCAAAUCCUACGUCAUCUAAGACUGCUCGGGUGGUUAGGGAAAUCCGUGAGCGGAUCGAAUGUAGCGGAUCGAAAUCGGACUCGAUUGGAUCAAACAAAGACAAGGAUCGCCGCCGAGUUUGUGUAAAAUACACUCGGUCAAGAGAGAUCGAUUCAAAGAUCAUUGUACCUGGCAGAAUAAUACUGGUGAAGAAGAUAGACGUGAUCGAGGUGGAAUAUCGAAGGCACGCUCCCACUGCGGAUCGACGCGACAUGAUGAUCGUGGAUGCUGGCAGAGACUAA